AUGACGCGAAGACACAGACCAAGCAAGCAGUCAUCCAAACACCGACAAGCAAACCUCGAGGCGGACUUCAGUCUCACCAAGGGCCGCGUCAUCAACGAAAAGAAUCAUCGCCAUCGGUCACAGAAGGACGGAAUAGCAGCUAGGAGAUGUCGGGCCUCAUCCGUGCCCAUCUCUAAACCCUCACGGAAGUACCGCCACCACAGACACACCCACCGCAUUGCCAUCGAGACGGAUACGGACGGCGACUUCACCAUGCUCCCGACCCCACCAGGCUCGCCAGAUGUAUCAUCAUUCACCCACAUAACCUCCAAACACGAAGACGCCAACGACGCCGGUACCGUCAACAGCCGCAGCAGCCGCCACAAAUCCGAGCGACAUCUCUCUCCACGAUCCCCGAAAGCCCCCACCAGAGACCUCAUCACGUCAGACCAGCAGGUCCCCAGCGACGCGACCCUGAAGAGCUUCCGGUUUCGCCACCACAUACUCUUUCUCCUCGACCAGCAGCGCACCGCGGUUGAGUCGUGGGCCGACAGCGUCGGCGCUGGGGGCCCUGCAGAGCCGAUGGACUGGCAGCCGGAGCAGGAGCGGGUUGUAUAUAUUGCACGCAGCCCCGUGGAGUACGGGUGCUAUGAUGACCGGUGGAGAGUCGAAGGCGAGUCGAAAGAAAAGGAACAGCGGCAACAGCAGCAGCUGGGCAUGUCGGCGGCAGCGAUAACGAUGGCUAUGCCGUGCGCGGCGCAGCCCGAGAUGGGGUCGUUUAUCGGCGAAACGCCGCUGGAUGCAUUGUCAAUGUGGGGGACAUCGGCAUUUGGGUCGGGGUUUUUGCGUGAAAUUGAGUAA